AUGAAGGUCACCACGCAGCCGCAGGACGGUAACUUGGGAGUUGCCGGUCAUGGGAGGCAGGGCGGAGCUGUCCAUGUGAGCGGCCGCGGCGACGGUCUUUGUCCGCUUGGGUACACGGCUGCGGACUCGCAGGCGCUGCCGGACGUGUUUGACGUGUCGACGGGCGAGGGCAUUGGGCGGGCGCGGUACGAGACGCUGCUGCCGCUGACACAGGCACUGCGACAGGCACAGUGGGGCGAGUCGGCAGUGACGGCGGGUCUCGUUCAGAGCUUCCUUGUGGCUAUCCAGGUCCGGCCGGCCGGCGAGCUCCCGCAGCGGUUCGCGUUUGCCUUUGUGCAGGACCUCUUCCGCGUCACGGUCAAGGCGCUGCUCCAGAUCGGGGUCAUCUCGUACUGUCCGGACUGGGUAGCAGUCCCGAUGCUUGCGUCUGUGCCCGAGUCUGCCAAGGCGGCAGCGCGCAAGUUCCCGCGGCAUGUGGCGGCGGCGUUGGUGGUCCCGCUGGCGGUGCCGGCCAUGACGCUCUCGCACGUAGCAACCUGCACCGCGUCGCAGGCCUUUGGCUAUAUCGAGUACAAGUUCCUCACCAUGUGGCACGCUUCGCUGCGGCGGCGCGAGCACUCGGAGAGCCGCGCGCCGCGGGCCGGCGUCUCAACGCUAGAGCGGGCCAAUGCCGAGAUCGCGGCCCACAACAAGGCACUCGUCCGCAAGUCGGCCAAGGCCAAGAGCCACUUCCAGGAGCGGCUCUAUCUCAACGCACUCGCGUCGACGGUCGCUGUCUUCUCCGGCGCGUUUGCUGCAGGCUUUGGCACGCUCAUCCAGCCCGGAACCGGAACAAGCAUUGGCGCGUUUGUGGGCGAGACGCUGCCGUACUUUGUCAUCUGA